AUGAAAGUUGGUGGUCUCCUGACCUCUGCUGGAAUCAACAUUGGUCUCUGUGUACUUUUUCUGUCACUGUACUCCAUUCUAAGGAAGCAGCCACAAAAUGUUAAGGUCUAUUUUGGGAGAAGGAUUGCUGAGGAGCACAACCGGCUCCGUGAUGCUUUUAUCUUGGAGAGAUUUGUCCCAUCCCCUAGCUGGAUUGUGAAAAGUCUGCGGUGCACAGAGGAAGAAAUCUUAGCUACUGCUGGGUUGGAUGCUGUUGUUUUCAAUAGAAUUCUAGUAUUCAGCAUACGCAUCUUCUCCUUAGCCGCCAUUCUUUGUAUAUUUGGAAUCCUUCCACUGAAUUAUUUUGGACAAGAUAUGCAUCAUGUCCGGAUUCCGUCAGCGUCAUUAGAGACAUUUACAAUAGGAAAUGUGGAAGAAAGAUCAAGAUGGCUUUGGGUCCAUUGCGUCGUGCUGUACAUCAUCUCUUCUGUAGCUUGUAUUCUUAUAUACUUGGAGUACAAGCACAUUGCCCGGCUGAGGUUAUAUCACAUUUCUCGAGCAACAAGCAAUCCUAGCCAUUUUACUGUACUUGUCCGAGGAAUUCCAAAAUCAAGUACAGAAUCAUUCAGCAGGACAGUUGAAAGUUUCUUUACCAAGUACCAUGCAUCAAGUUACCUAUCUCAUCAAGUCGUUUACAAAGUUGGGAAAGUUCAGAAGAUAGUGAGUGGCGCAAAGAAGGUUUACAGGAAGUUCAGACAUUUCAAGAGUGCGACAGUUGAUCAGAGAUGCAGACCCAUCACAUUUCAAUGCUGCUUUUGUGGAGCGUCUUCUAAUUCAUUCCAGUUGUUGCCCAGCGAUUACGAGCAAGAGAGCGAAAAGUCUGAUGUGAAUGAUUCAAGCUCGAGCUUACCUGAUGAGGAAUGUGGUGCUGCUUUUGUAUUUUUCAAAACUCGGUAUGCAGCGCUAGUUGUAGCCAAAAUUCUGCAGACAUUGAACCCUAUGAGAUGGGUCACUACUUUGGCUCCAGAGCGUGAUGACAUAUAUUGGUCUAAUCUUUGGUUACCCUACAAGCAACUCUGGAUUCGGCACAUAGUCACGCUUCUGGGGUCUAUUGUUUUCAUGUUUUUAUUCCUUAUACCAGUGACAUUUAUACAAGGUUUAACUCAGCUGGAGCAGCUGCAGCAAAGGCUCCCUUUUCUGAGAGGGAUAUUGGAAAAGAAAUACAUGACCCAGCUAAUAACUGGAUAUCUUCCCAGUGUCAUCUUGCAAAUAUUUUUAUAUACUGUCCCCCCAACCAUGAUGCUAUUUUCUACUUUAGAAGGGCCUAUCUCUCACAGUGAAAGAAAGAAAAGUGCCUGCUGUAAAGUAUUAUACUUCACCAUUUGGAAUGUCUUCUUUGUUAAUGUCUUAUCGGGUUCAGCAAUUAGCCAACUGAAUGCUUUAUCAAGCCCAAAGGACAUUCCUAUGCAGCUUGCUAAAGCAGUACCUGUGCAGGCUACAUUCUUUACGACCUAUGUUCUUACUUCAGGAUGGGCUAGUCUAUCAUCAGAACUUAUGCAACUCUUUAGUCUUACAUGGAACUUUGCAAGAAGAUAUCUUCUGAGAAUGAAGGAAGAUAGCGAUUUUCUUUACUCAUUUCCCUAUCACACUGAAGUGCCAAAAGUUCUAUUGUGUGGACUGUUGGGUUUCACAUGCUCUGUACUAGCACCUCUAAUCUUGCCCUUUUUACUGCUGUACUUUUGUCUUGGCUAUGUUGUCUACCGCAACCAGUUCCUCAAUGUUUACUGCACAAAAUACGACACAGGCGGUCUAUAUUGGCCAAUUGCGCACAAUACUACCAUAUUCUCUCUAAUCCUCACUCAGAUCAUCUGUCUUGGUGUAUUUGGCCUUAAAGAAUCCCCUGUAGCUGCUGGCUUCACUGUCCCUCUUAUCAUCUUUACUCUUCUAUUCAACCAGUAUUGCAGAAAGCGUCAUCUCCCGUUAUUCAAGACUUUCCCUGCACAGAAUUUGAUUGACAUGGACAAGGAAGAUCAGCAAUCAGGUACAAUGGAGGACCUUCAUCAACGCCUUCAUUCUGCCUACUUUCAGUUCCAUGACACCGACGACGUACCUUUGGAAGGAGUUCACAGCACUGCCGGCAGAGACGAAGACGGAAGCGGCAGUUCGGGAGAAUCAAGCCGCAAGGAAAGCCCCGACGACGAGCUCAAGAGUGGCCUCUCCCACCCGACGCUGGAUGGGCUCCCGGUUAGUCGGUUACGCAACGCGGCUGGCUUCUCUGGUUAUGUUCCCCUUUGCCUUGUUUCUUCAGCACUGUACCUACUUCUGUAUCUGGUGAGGUGA